AUUAAUUUGUUUAAGGUUUGAAAAAAUGAUUUCUGGGAUGUACAUGGGGGAAUUGGCUCGAUUAAUAAUUUUAAAAUUCACGAAGGAUGGUCUACUUUUCGGUGGAAAAUCGUCACCCCUAUUAGAAGAGCGUGAAAAAUUUGAAACUAAAUUCGUAUCGGAUAUCGAAGGAGACUUACAGGGUGUUUAUACGAAACAAAAACCGAUUCUUCAAAAACUUGGUUUGGGGCACGCUACCGAUGCUGAUAUGAUGAACAUCCGCUUCAUUUGUGAAGUUGUUUCACGAAGAGCCGCCGGAUUAGUUUCCGCUACAUUAGCAGCUUUAUUAAAUAAAAUGGGUGAACCCCAUGUAACGAUCGGUGUUGACGGAAGUGUUUAUAGGUUUCAUCCGUAUUUCCAUGGACUUAUGAUGCAUAAAAUUAGUGAGUUAGUCGAUCCUGGAAGAAAGUUUGAUUUGAUGUUAUCGGAAGAUGGAAGUGGAAGAGGCGCCGCUUUAGUAGCAGCCGUUGCGGCUGCAAAAGACGAAGCCGUUGUUACCAACUAAACAAAUCGACGCAAUUUCUGAUAUGUAUUAAGAAUUAAUUUAUAAAAAGAAAUGAAGAGUUUUAUUACUUAA